CUCGGACAAGGGAACGUUUGAGGCAAAACGUUCGAUGAAAACGUUCUUACGCGUCAGCUCAGCGAUCGUUCAUUGUGUGGGCCCCUUUACUCUGCAUCUCCUUUCCUCAGCCUAUCUGACGUUUCAAAUUGAGUCUCUAGGACUGGGUAAUAGAAGAUGAGGGUGUUGGAUUGUUGGAUGUUCCUCGCGAUAUUCAGAGCCUUAUUUUCCAGAUCACCGUCGCUGUGUCUCGUGGCGACCCUCUGCCGAGCUGCGCGUCGGCGUGCUGGGACCUGUUGGUGCUGCUCCUGGCCACCCUGGCGGCCUGCCCUCGGGUCUACCCUCCUACCCCCCCUCACCCUCCCGAGUGACCCGCUGACCCCGACGCGGACACCCUUCCUUUAGAGCGCGAUGGACCUCCUCCCGGAUGACGUGCUGGCGCAGGUCAUGUCCCUCCUGAGCCUGCCGGACCUCUUCCAGCUGCGCCUUGCGUGCAAGAGGUUCGCGUCCCUCGCCUUUCACCCGGAUGUGUGGCGGCACAGGCACCUCAAAGCGACGACCGCCGACGCCGAGGCUCUGCUCUACCGCGCGCUGCGCCUGGCGCCGCGCCUCGGGUCGAUGCAGGUCCGCCUGCCGUCCUCGUCGGCCUCGUGCCGCCUGCUCUUCACCGCCCCGUGCGCCGCAAGGACUUUGUGGGUCAACAUUUACCGGGGAGAGGGCGCCAAGGAUGCUGCCCUGCUCAUCCGGCACCAGAGAGGUCUCGGCCGACUGAGGAAUGUCGACGUGCUCUUUGAAAAGGACCAUAGGAUACUGAGCGCUGAGCGUAAGCCCUCCAAAGCGCACGCCACCUUGCUGUUUCGCACCUUGGCGUCGACGUCUGGUCUGGACUCAAUUGCUGUUGGAGGACUCACCGAGAAUUACGUCCUGUCCGUGUCCACCCCCACCCCCUACCGUUUGCGCAGCACCGUCCCGGCGUCCCUGACGAGGCUCUUCUUCUACGUCAACGAAGCCCUGGAGGACGUCUUCAACUUCCUCCUGGCCGCGCACGCCGCCACCUUGAAAGAGGUCGACUUCCGGGCCAACAGCUUCCUGUUUUGGGUCCCGUCUCCCUCUGCCGGGCAGCUGCUCGCCACGAUGCCCAACCUCACCUCCCUGGCGUGCCCGGCGCUCCACUGGAUGGACGCCCUCACAGUCUGCAAGUCUUUGAGGAGAAUACACUUCUUCUUCGGGAAUGACUGUUGGCUGAAUUUCAGCGCGGCGAGGGACUCUGCGGCGGCCGCGUUCUUCCGCGACGCCCACCAGCUGCAAGCGGUCCACUUGGCCCACAUCGAGGGGGACAUCGCCGUCACGCUGGUCGCGGCCCUGGCGGCGUCCGGCCGCUCCUGUGUGGAGUGGCUGUGUAUCGACAACGGCGAGGAACGGUUGUCCCCUCAGCUGAUGCAGGACCUGCUCGGGGCGCUGCCCUCGCUGCCCGCCCUGCGCCGCCUGAGGGUGGACCUGACAAGAGACCCUGAUAAUGCCAGGACUCUUUUGUCGGCCAACCCUACGCUUCAUGUGGAGACCGGCUCAGAAUGUCUCAGCAAAUUUAAACCUGUUUAAUUGAGUAAAUGCUUAAUAAAUUUUUGUUUCUUUUAA